UCUUCUUCACAGAGGUGAUCACAUGUGGAAAAGUGUUGCUUCAGCUCAAGGGCAGCAGAUAGGCACAGAGCCACUGUAUAAGAGGGCUCCAGAGGAUUUCAUGCGUAGCAGACCUGAGCAGUCCAAUAACUUGCCUGAAUCCCUCCCCUAUCCAUCACUGAACCUCUCAGAAGAUUAUUCUCAGUUAGUAGUAUUACCAGCAGGAAGAACCAUAGAGUUGGCUGGAUGUAUCAUUGUGGACCAAUAUCGCUUCAUGUCCUAUAUAUUGUCUCUGCUUUCUGGCAAACAAGUACUGAGGUUGCCAAAAGUGGCUCAGCAUGUCCCAUCUCCUGCUCCUCACAACCACCUGAGAGUGAACAGUGAAAGCCUCAUGGAUCCCAUCCCACGCAGACUUGAAACAACACAUCUAGUUUCAUCUCAGACACAGAACGAGGCAUGCAUAGAACAAGAUUUGAUCAGUGUGCAAUCACUCUGCCAUCCUGCACUGAUAGAGCAGACUCUUAGAAGGGUCUCUGAGUCUGGAGGCCUGCAGACCUUCAUUGAACAGUGGGGCAACAGCAGCCUGGAGGAGCUGGAAGCCUUCAUUGACUUGCACUUUGAGAUUGUGUGGGAAGAAGCCAUGAGAUCAUGUCAGCCGCCUGAACCGAGCCACGCCGUGCCCAAGCAGGAUAAUGCUGUUGGGGAAGCUGGAGAGGAAGUGUUUACAUCCAUUCACAGGAAACUUUCAAAGCUGGAGCUGCUUGAGGAGAUAAAAAGGGAUCUGGCAGAACAGAGAAAGCGCGUGGAGCAAAUCUGGAGGAUCAUACAGCAACUUGCAUAUGAAAUCAAACAGGGCCGUAAUAAUACACGCUAAUAAGGGGGUCUCAGUAAUAACAGAAACAAAGA